UUCUAUGUAAAUAUGCAUUAGUCUGUGGUAAAUAUGUUGGUUUUAAAAGAAUUUUGUUUUGUUUAUAUCUGUUAUUACUUAUUGCAAAUGCAGAAGUGAAAUAUAAGGGAAGUAAUUGAAAUUGAAUUACUGUUGUGAGGACCAUGAAUUGUUUGUUUGCGUUACUUUAAAAAAAUAAAAAUAAGAAAAUGGCCCACACUGGUGUUCCUGCCGGAAAACGCAAAGAAAUAUAUAAAUAUGUAGCCCCAUGGCCUUUAUAUAGUAUGAAUUGGUCUGUAAGGCCAGACAAGCGAUUUAGAUUAGCUCUAGGGAGCUUUGUUGAAGAGUAUAAUAACAAAGUUCAGGUAGUAUCAUUAGAUGAGGAUACCAGUGAAUUUUCAGCAAAAAGUACAUUUGAUCACCCAUAUCCAACUACAAAAAUAAUGUGGAUUCCUGAUAGUAAAGGAAUUUUGCCAGACUUAUUAGCAACAAGUGGUGAUUACUUAAGGGUAUGGAGAGCAGGGGAACCUGAUACACGACUGGAAUGUGUGUUAAAUAAUAACAAAAAUUCAGACUUUUGUGCACCUUUAACAAGUUUUGACUGGAAUGAAGUAGAUCCUAAUUUAAUUGGUACAUCCUCUAUUGAUACAACUUGUACAAUUUGGGGCUUGGAGACAGGACAAAUAUUGGGUCGUGUAAAUCUUGUGUCAGGACAUGUUAAAACUCAACUUAUAGCACAUGACAAAGAGGUUUAUGACAUAGCAUUUUCAAGAGCAGGAGGUGGGCGUGAUAUGUUUGCUUCAGUAGGAGCAGAUGGAUCUGUAAGAAUGUUUGAUUUAAGACAUCUUGAACAUUCUACCAUUAUUUAUGAAGAUCCUACACAUACUCCAUUGUUACGGUUAGCUUGGAACAAACAGGAUCCCAACUAUUUAGCCACAAUUGCGAUGGAUUCAUGUGAAGUUAUUAUUUUAGAUGUCAGAGUACCUUGCACUCCUGUAGCUCGAUUAAACAAUCAUAGAGCAUGUGUUAAUGGGAUUGCAUGGGCUCCACAUUCAAGUUGCCACAUUUGUACUGCUGCUGAUGAUCAUCAAGCUUUAAUUUGGGAUAUUCAGCAGAUGCCAAGGGCAAUUGAAGAUCCAAUAUUAGCCUAUACAGCUGCUGAGGGUGAAGUCAAUCAAAUUCAAUGGGGGGCUACUCAGCCUGAUUGGAUAGCUAUAUGUUAUAACAAAUCUUUAGAAAUACUUAGAGUUUAAGAGCAUGAAACCAUUUUGGUCAGAAAUAUUUGACUUUCCAUUUUUAUUCAUUUUGAUGUGUGAUUCAAUCAUAAGAAAGAAUUUCGAGAUAAGCAAAAAGAGUAAAAGUUGCUUACGUUUAUGUUUGGUACUGUAAUGACUAAUUAGAAAUAUUUUAAACUAAGCGAAGCUUUAGGGUAUGAAUUAUUGAUAAUAAGCAGCACACUGUAUACUUUAGUAGACCCUGUAGAACUGUUUUUUAUGAAUGUUAAUUCGUAUUUAAUCAACGUAACAAUUAAUACGAUUCAAUCACAGCCGAUUUCAUACACUGUACACAAUAAUUUCAAGUUUAUGAACGAACAGGCCACAUGAUUACAAAUGCGGUUUUAAAUAUUUUAAAAAUGUAUAUUAAUAGAAAAUAUGAAAUAUGAUAAGUUAUAAAAGAAGAGUGAAUGAUGAUAAUAUUAAAAUUUUUACUUGUAAUUAGUUGAAUAUUUUAGAAAAUACUACAAAUGGCGCAGUAAACGCCAU